AUAUCCGCCUUCAAAAGUGCCUUUAUUAUGAAUGCUUUGUUUUAAAUAAUAAAUAUUUACCCCGAAAAACUUCUUCCCAUUGUCAUAUUAUCGGAUUUAUUUUAUAUUUUCCAGUAUUUUUAUCAAAAUUUCGGUUUUAAACUCAUUACCCGAACCAUCGAAGAUUAGUUACUUUUUUGACUGUUCGGUUGGCACUACGGACAGAUGCUUAAAAUUCGAGUCUCUGAUUGGCCCGGACAGUUGACGUAUCAUUUGAAUUUUCCCAAAGCAACAAACAAUCCGAAUAAAAUCGAACGUGGACAAGGAACGCGAGAGUAGUUUUGACUUUCAUUUGUGAAUAAUGCUUACUAUUUGUGAUAUAAAUGUUUUUACGAGCGAUAUUUCCAGAUAAAAGUUCAAACGAAUUAAAUAAAAUGUACGGGUAUUUACGUUUAUUGCGUCCAAACAAAGUGUGCCUCCAAUAUGAACUUGAAGAAGGUACACAUACAAUUGGGACCACAAACAGUUGCAACAUUUAUUUGAAGCAAAUUAACCAGAAAGACUCUGUGCUGGAUAUUUAUGCCGUUGUUAAAGUACAGAAGAAUGGAGUGGCAACAAUACAGGCUCAGAAUUAUAGCACUUCAGUGACCUUAAACAACAAAAAAGUUACUUUGAGGCCGCAAAUUUUAUUGCAUGGUGCAAAAUUUAAUGUCCUCGGAAAAGAAUUUCAAUAUGUCAAUGACAGAUUUAAAGAUUUGCUUGAAGAUGAUGAGAUUUUUGUCACAGCUAAGUACAACAUUUUAAGAGAAAAUCCACAUAGGAAAUCAGUAAAUCUGCUGGGUUCAAUUAAAAAAACUCCCACUUUCAAGACCAAGGUCAAGUCUCCCCCAAAAACCACUACACCACUAAACCGAAGUUUACUACAGUUUUAUAGGGGACAUAGUCAGAGGCAGUCUCAAGAUCACAAUAAAUCUGCAAGUUAUUCUAGAGAUUCCAAGCAAAUUUCUAGAAAAAUACAAGAGAAGGGCAACACUAACAAAAGAAAACAAGAUACUUCUGAACAUGAGGAAGAAACUGGUGAAAGUUUAGAAGAAACAAAACAGUUAGUAGCUGUUAGGACAUCUAGUAGAUACUCUAAACACUAUCAAUCGAUUGUCGUUCAUGCUACUAAAGAUCAAAGUGAUGCUGAAACCUCUGAGGCUGAAGCGCAUCAAGCGCAAAGAAAGAGUUCUUCUAUCAGGAGAAGUAAGGCACCAUUAGAGCAAGAUCUCCAGCAAUUGUCAGAUAAUGAACAAAUUAAUAAUCAGAGAAGUGUUUCCUAUAAGUCCCCAAGGAACACUUCUUCAAGAAAAAGUUUAAAGGCUUCAAGAGAAGACUCAGAUGAUAGAGAUAUUGAGAAUUAUCAGGCAUACGUCACAUCACGGUCUCAAAGAACUUCAGAGGCUCACAAGGAACAAGAUAAUCAUGACUCUUCAGAAGAAGAAGAAAAUGGGGCUCAUCAGACAAAUAUUUCAUUUAGAUCACAAAGAAAUAUUUCAUUAAGGAAAAGCAAGGCGCAGAGUCGAAAUGAUGAUAUUUCAGACAAUACAGAUAUUGAAAAUUAUCAGGCAUACAUUGCAUCAGGGUCUCAAAGAGCUUCGGAGGCUCAUAAGGAUCAAGAGAAUCAUGACUCUUCAGAAGAAGAAAAUGGAGCUCAUCAGACAAAUAUUUCAUUUAGACCACAAAGAAAUAUUUCAUUAAGGAAAAGCAAGGUGCAGAGUCGAAAUGAUGAUAUUUCAGACAAUACAGAUAUUGAAAAUUAUCAGGCAUACGUCGCAUUAGGGUCUCAAAGCACUUCGGAGGCUCACAAGGAACAAGACAACCAUGAAUCUUCAGAAGAAGAAAAUGAAGCACAUCAAACACAUAUAUCAUCCAGGGCCCAAAGAAACACUUCAUUACGAAGAAGCCGAAAGGCUCAAAGGGAAGAAGCUGAUCAUGAGAUUUCAUAUGAUGACGCAAUCACAAAUAAUCCGACAAACAUUUCAGUUAAAUCACAAAGAAAAAGUGCUUCAAGAAGGAACAUAAGGGUUCAACAGGAAGAAGAGAGUAGUGACUUUUUAGAAUAUAAAGAAAAGCUUGACAUUUCAGAAGCUGAAGUGAAAAGUCGUACUUUCAGGACCAGUUCGUUAAGAAAAAGCCGAAAUGUCACAAGAGAAAUUGAGAAUCAUGAUUCAUCACAGGAUGAAAGCCACUUGAAUCAGAAAGAUGAUUUUGAAACUAAAGUGAAUGCCAGGAGAAGAUCAGAAGGAAAUACAUCUGUCAGUAGAAGCGUUAACGCACUUGAAGAAGGUCCAAGGAAGUCCAGAUCCAGCUUUAGACAGUCAACACAAAAUGAUACAAUAAAAGAUGGAGUCUUUGAUGGAGAAAACCAAUCUGUAAAUCCAAGCCCUGUCAUUAAAAAUACAACUUUAAGAAAAUCUAGGUCAAGCUACAGACAGUCUCAGACUAAUGUUCAAGAAAUCAAUACAUCACUCAAAGAAAGAAGCUAUUCCAAAUCGGCAAAUACGACUUUGCGAACAAGUUUAAGGACUUAUGAUGAUUCUACCCGGGAGGUAGAAGCUUUCCAAAGUGUUGGAAAUAUGGUGAUGAAUAAUACAUUUAAUGAGUCUACACAAGAUGCGAGAAUGACACCACAGGACGUUAUAAUCCUUGAUGAUACUGUGGAUGUUUUGUCGCCAGUACAGCCGGUAACUGAAAGGAAAUCUUAUAGAAAUUCACGGACCGAUAGCUCCAGAAGAUCCGCGUCCAAAUUAAACGAUUCGUCACUAACCAACACUCGAAUGAGUCAGAGCACCACCUCGGUUGUGUCCGUGUCUUCUCAGUCGUUUUCAAGUUUCCAGAAAGGCGAAUCGCGAUCGGAUAGCAGUAAAAAACUGAACGAUGAAAGUUCUGCUUUAGAAGGGAGAAGGAAGAGCUCAAUAAAUAAUACCCCUAAGCAGGACAGUCGAUCCGGUCAAUUAACCCCGGAAAUGUUCGAAGCAUUUACCUCGACCCCGUUCCCCAAAUCGGUGAAAAAGAGCCUGGGGUCCACUAAAAAAUCCAUGCUAAAAGUGACCACACAAACCUCGAUCGUUCAAACGGAAGUAAUCGUGUCAAGCAUGGAAGUUACAUCCGAUUUCAGUAGGAUCCGUAGUCCGAGCGUAAUUGAAAUCGAUAAUUCCACGGUGAGAAGAUCCAGAAGAGCCUCGACCACCAAGAACGGACAUCACAAUUGCAUUUCGUGCGGUGGCGGUGAAUCGUUGAGGCUCAACAAAAGUUUGAGUGACCUGAAGGACUUGUCUUUAACGGUAGAUCAGAAGACGGAGAAUUUGUCUAGGAGUGCUAACGUGUCGUCAUCUAUCAGGAAUAAGUCCGCAAAGGCUACUGCGAAGGAAUCUGCGGAACUUUCCGAAAUUGAAACGCCAAAAUCACACGUGAAACCCGCGCGCCGCUCUUCGAUGGCUAAUCAUUCCGCUUAUAAUCCAGUUUUUGAAGAUAUAACUCCAGUUACACCUAUGCAGGUCUCUGGGUUUACAGAAACGUUCAAAACGCCGAUUAACACACCCGGGCUGUUUGAAAACAUUAGGAAGAGCGCUAUAAGGUCCAGAAAAAGGCUUCGGGAGAGCACUGGCAGCGUCCUAAAGGUCGCAAAGAAGGCGAGGACUGAUGGGCCACAAGACGCCGAUAACUCUGCGUCUACAACCAACGAGGAAAGUUCAUCACCGGCCAAACGGCAACAAAAAUCCCCCCUAAACCGCUUAAGCAACUUCGAAGGCGUAAAGAAACUGAUGAAGACUCCUCCAAAAUCUCCGAAAAACGACCUGAGAAACAUUCCCAAUUUACGGCGAAUUAUGGCACCGAAACCCCAAAACAGUCCUAAAAAUGACCUGAGUGAACCGUUGGGUGUCAAGAAACUAUUUAAAACGUUAAAACAGCAGAAGCCACCGGAGAACGAUUUAACUAACAUCAGCGGCGUCGAGAACAUUUUUAAUGUUUCAGGCAUGGAUGUUUUGCACCAGGGAAGCGACAUUGAAAAUUCCGAGGAUCUGUUUACAAAAAUUACCGGAAAAAAACCCGUGAGGUCUUAUACAUCUAGGGGAAAAAGUUUAUCCCCGAGCAAGAAUGAUGAAGUGCAGGCACACAGAAAGACCAUGGGUGAUAUACCGUUGUGUUCCCCAAGGGUACAGCAAUGGGUAGAAGAACAUUCCAAUUACGCUGAGAAGCAUACGGUGACUGAACAAAAUUGCUCCAAUAUGAGUGAAAUCCUGGAUUCAACUCCUUCUCCAGUAAAGCCCGCUCGUAAAUCACAAAGAAUGAGGCAAAAUAUGGCAAGUGGCAGUCAAGAUUCUUUACUAGAAAACGUUUCAGAGGAACCAAAUAAAAAGGCGAGAACGGGUCGUAGCGUUUCUCCACAAAAAGAGGCAAACCAACAAAACAGAAGAUACACCCAAGGGGAUGUUUUAAACCGUAAAUCCAAACCUGAAAAAUCGAGUUACAGUGAAGAAAGCGUUGAAGAACUUAUUGAAAAUGUGCCCGAGAAGCGGGUAACGAGGGUUGGGCGAAGCUUAUCAGCUAAGAAACCUGCUAGGAAUGAUCAAAGAAGAAUCACCCAAGCAUACAAUUUACAAUUCAACGAGAAAGUCGAUGAUUCUUCAAAUAGAAGCAAACAUCUUAAAGAUGAUGUAAAUAACUCUAGAAUGAGCGAAAACUUGGCAAAUGUCAGUCAAGACUCUUUACUGGUAAACGUUUCAGAGGGACCAAAUAAAAUGGCAAGAAUAGGCCGUAGCGUUUCUCCACGAAAAGAGGCAAACCAACAAAACAGAAGAUACACCCAAGGGGAUGUUUUAAGCCGUAAAUCGAAACCCCAAAAAUCGUCUCACGAUGAAGAAAGCUUUGAAGAUCUUAUUGAAAAUAUGCCAGAAAAAGGGGUAAAGAGGGUUGGGCGAAGCUUAUCAGCUAAGAAACCCUCUAGGAAUGAUCAAAGAAGAGUAACCCAAGCAUACAAUUUACAAUUCAACGAGGAAGAUGUUGAUGAUUCUCCAAAUAGAAGCAAACAUUUUAAAGAUGAUGUAAAUAACUCUAGAAUGAGCGAAAACUUGGCAAAUAUCAGUCAAGACUCUUUACUGGUAAACGUUUCAGAGGGACCAAAUAAAAUGGCAAGAAUAGGCCGUAGCGUUUCUCCACGAAAAGAGACAAACCAACAAAAUAGAAGAUACACCCAAGGGGAUGUUUUAAACCGAAAGUUCAAACCUGAAAAGUCUAUUUACGGUGAAGAAAGCUUUGACGAUCUUAUUGAAAAUAUGCCAGAAAAACGGGUAAAGAGGGUUGGACGAAGCUUAUCAGCUAAGAAACCCCCUAGGAAUGAUCAAAGAAGGGUUACCCAAGCGUACAAUUUACAAUUCACUGAGGAAGUUGACAAUUCUCCAAAUAGAAGCAAACAUUUUAAAGAUGAUGUAAAUAACUCCAGAAUGAGCCAAAACUUGGCAAAUAGCAGUCAAGAUUCUUUACUAGAAAACGUUUCAGAGGGACCAAAUAAAAAGGCAAGAAUAGGCCGUAGCGUUUCUCCACGAAAAGAGGCAAACCAACAAAACAGAAGAUACACCCAAGGGGAUGUUUUAAACCGUAAGUCCAAACCCCAAAAAUCGACUUACGAUGAAGACAGUGUUGAAGAACUUAUUGAAAAUAUGCCCGAGAAGGGGGUAGAGAGGGUUGGGCGAAGCUUAUCAGCUAAAAAAACCUCUAGGAAUGACCAAAGGAGGGUUACGCAAGCCUACAAUUUACAAUUCACCAACGAAGAAGUUGAGGAUUCUCCAAAUAAAAGCAAAAAUAUUACUAUUAAAGGCGAACUUAACAAAUCGAGAAGUCGCAGCAUUUCCCCUCAGAAAUCGGCUAGGAAAUCAUCUUUGAAGCGUACCAGCAGCAUUAGGAGAGAACUUGAAGUAGAUAUUCUGAAAAAGUCAAUUAAAUCGCGCGAUUCUCAAGAAUGGACGUCUGAAAGCUAUAGUUUAGGCGAAAUGUCUCAAGAACAUCCCAACAAAAAGCCAAAAUUAAAUCUAUCACUUAAAAGUAAAAAUCUUAACGAGAGCAUAGACUUGUUUGAUGAUUAUUUUAACGACAAUCAGGAUCAGCUCGAGGAGACAGCGAAAAAAGGCGUUAGUUUCUCGCCUAAAAAGAAAUCGUCCAUUAAGCCUGAUCACAGUAAGUCUCAAGAGGUGGAUAUCCCUCUUGAAAAGCAACCGAGAAUUGCUUCUCCACAAGUUAAGAGAAGUGUUAGAGUGGCAAGGAAAGUUGCACCUAAAGAAGAAACUAAACCUAAAGUAGAAGCACCGAAAACGAGGCGAGGAAGGAGAGGACAAAAAGAACGUGAUCCCACCCCCGAAAUUGAAGCCGUUACAAGAGAAAAGAGAAAUAAAGAAGGUCCUCCAAGCGAGCAAAUUACCGUGAAAGAGACCGUUGAUAUCCCAACCAGACCCAGGAGAGGCAGAGCUAAGCAAGUAGUCGAAGAAACUAUUAUUGAAUCUACUCCAGUGGAAAUUUUAGUGAGACCUAGAAGGGGAAAGGCGGUUCAGGAGACCACCCCUGAUGUACCGAUCGUUAGAAAAUCCAAACGAGGCAAAGCCCAAAUAGUUCGAGAAACACCCGAACCAGAAGAGGUAAGAGAUACGGAGGACCCUAGCGAGGCAACUCCUGAAGUUAUUAAGAAACCCACGACGGGGGGUAAAGCAACUAGAGGUAAAACCGCCAAGCAAGAAAUAGCGGAAAAGCCCGACAAAGUCGUUUCUACUAGACCGAGAAGAGGUCAAAGAAUUAUUGAACUUGUUGACGAGGAGCCUUCUGAAGUAGAUGUUGCAAAGAAUGGAUCUAAAAAGGGAGGCAAAGUAGCUAAGGUCGUGGAACCAAAUGAGAAACCACAAGAAACAGAAGCGGUAAGACCGCGUAGAGGUAGGGCGGCCCCAAAGAAAGAAGCCAUCCAAGUGCCAGCUGAAGAGCAGGAGGUGGUAAAUAAACCCCUUGCGACAGUGAAAAGAGGGAGAAGGAGAGUAGAGUCACAAACAGAUGUUGAAAACCUCCAAGAUAAUAUUGAAGAAGUCACCAAACCGAGGGCAGCCAAAACAGUAAGAUUUGAAAAUAUUGAUGCUGGAACGGACACCUCAAAACCUGUACGUGGCGGCAAAAGAAAAAACGUAGAUUUUGUAAUUGUAGAAGAACCCAUAAAGGAGCAAAUUGUUAAGAAAUCCACUCGAGGAAAAUCGAAAAAAAACGCUGAGCCUAUUGUGGAACCCAAUGAAGAAACUAAACAAAAAAACGCUACCGAAGCAGAACCACAUGAAGUCAAACCGACUCGCGGUAGAUCAACGAGAAGAAAUGAAAAAGUAGAAGUACAAAGUAUAGCUACUAGAGGGAAAUCGAGGAGGAAGUAAUCUUAAUAGUUUUUAUAUUUACAAAUAUACAAGUUUUUAAAAAAAGCUUUUAAAUACGCCAUCUUAUGGCUUUUUGUUAAUUCAGGGGCAAAAAUAUGAAUAUUCAUCGGUAUGUACAGAUUUUGGUUAAAAAUGUUUUUAAUUGCAAUUUUAAUACUAGUUUUUAAUAAUUUUGAGUUUGUUUUUGUAAUGGCUUCUCUACUGGCAUCCUUUUAUGUGAGUAAAGUAUUUUUUAUUUAUA